AUGUCAGUGGAACAUAUACUUGGUGCUAUCAAACUUAGGAUUAAAAGAGGCAUUAAUCUCGCAAUACGCGAUACUUAUUCUAGUGACCCUUAUGUUGUUGUCAAAAUGGAAGAACAGAAGUUGAAAACCGCGUACAUACGGAAAAAUAUUAAUCCAGUAUGGAAUGAAGAAUUGACUCUUUAUGUUAAGGAUGUUGCAACUCCAAUAACUAUGCAAGUUUUCGACAAAGACAUAUUCACUGCAGACGAUGAAAUGGGCGAUGCAUUUAUAGACAUAAGGCCGUAUAUUGGGUGCCAUUUGAUGGGAUUAAAGAGUUUGCCAGAUGGAUGUGUGGUGAAGAAAAUUCAACCAAAUAGGACUAACUGUCUAGCUGAAGAGAGCACAUGCUUUUGGCGCAAUGGGAGUAUAGUCCAACCUAUGAUUUUAAGACUGAAAAAUGUUGAGUGCGGUGAAAUAGAAUGUGAAAUUGAGUGGCGUAAUAUUCCCGGUUGUAAAGGUUUAUCAGGACUAAGAUCUUGA